AUGACAGUGGGUUUGCUUGAUCUACUAAGCCAAGGCUGCCACCGUGGUUCACAAGUCGGUUGUGGCCCUAACGUGGAUAGACAUAGGCAUUAUCGGGGUGAGAAUCUUUUGGAAGAUUACUUUAUCCCAAAUUCUAUGUACUCUAAUGUUGAUUUUCGAGGGCGAUAUAGAAUGCAACCCUAUUUGUUCAAUAAAGUCAUGCAUGAUGUUUGCAAUUACAAUGCAUACUUCCUUCAGAAGUGUGAAGUUGCUGGGGUUUUGGGGCUUCUUCCGAAGCAAAAGCUUACAGCUGUUAUACGAAUGCUAGCGUAUGGUUCAUCUGUUGAUCAGGUGGAUAAGAUUGCUAGGAUGGGGAAGUCGAAUACUCUAGAGAGCUUGGUCAGAUUCUGUGAUGCAAUCGAAACUCUCUACACCAGGGACUACUUCUGCAAACCUACACCCUGGGACCUCUAA